UCGUUCAUAAGUCAUUCCAGGCUUCUUAGUUUUUUCGUACACAAUCUAGGAUACGAAAAAAUGUUCCCAAAGUCGGGAAAAACAUGUGUGCUUCUUGCAGCCCGUUUGCCCUAUGGCUUUAAUCAACUCAAGACGAUUUCACCGGUUCAACUCUUUCAAUCGGGCACCUUAAUGCGAAACUACAUAGCUGGAAUUAAAAAUCCCAUUUCAAUAAAAGAAACACCGAAAUACAAGUGUUCAUCUCUAACCACAAACUGGAUGAAUCAUGGAGGAUGCUUUAAAGAAAACUAUAGUACCGAAUCGGCUUCCACGGAGACCGCAACCACCUUGAAGUUGACUAAGAGAGAGCAACUGAAGCGGGCAUUCAAGGAAUAUGGAGCAACCAUUGUGGUCUUUCAUGUGGUCAUAUCCGUUAUUUCUCUGGGAGGCUUCUAUGCACUCGUGUCCAGUGGAAUAAACCUGGUGCCCAUACUGGAAUAUCUCGGUGUGGGUUCGUCGGCGUUUGCGGAGAAAGUUGCCACAGGAAGCACCUUUGUGGUGGCCUUUGCCGUUCACAAAAUCUUUGCGCCUGCCAGAAUCAGCAUCACAUUGGGUACCACACCAUUCAUUGUGAGGUAUUUGCGAUCCAAGGGAUUUCUGAAGCCAAAAAGCACAUAGUGGCCUUAUAAUUUUAUAAGUUAUAAAUUAUAUCCUCGCU